UCUCGGACAUUCCCCGCACGACGCAUCAUGGACAUGGCGUGGGGCGACAAUUCCUACGCGGAUGGAUACUCUCUAUCGAAUGGGUUUGACGACUCGGACGGUGGUUCGUUGAACGGCGAAAACAAGCCUCGCAUCCUCCUUAUGGGCCUUCGACGAAGCGGCAAGUCGAGCAUCCAGCGUGUGGUGUUCCACAAGAUGUCGCCGCAUGAAACGUUGUUUCUCGAAGGCACUAAUAGCUUGGACAUCAAGUAUAUUGCCAAUAAUUCGUUUGUCCAGUUCCAGAUAUGGGACUUUCCCGGCGAUUUCGACUUCAAAGAUGACUUGGUGUACGGCGGACAGCUCGUGAACGAAGAAAUGAUCUUUGGCAACUGCGGGGCCAUUGUGUUUGUGAUUGACGCUCAAGACGAUCCGUACUCGGAAGCGUUGACGCGACUCCACGACACGGUCGCCCGCGCGCACCGGUACAACCCAAACGUGUUCUUCGAAGUGUUUAUUCACAAGGUGGACGGCGACCUGUUCAUCUCGGACGACCACAAGAUCGAUUGCCAGCGCGACAUCCAGCAGCAAAUCACGGAGGAGAUUCAAGAGGGUGACUUGGACAUCCACAUGAGCUUCUACCUGACGAGCAUUUACGACCACAGCAUCUUUGAAGCCUUCAGCAAGGUCGUGCAAAAGCUCAUCCCGCAAUUACCCACGCUCGAAAACCUCCUCAACAUCUUGAUCUCGCGCUGCAACAUGGAAAAGUCCUUCUUGUUUGACGUCGUGAGCAAGGUGUACAUUGCGACCGACAGCAACCCGGUCGACAUGCAGUCGUACGAGCUGUGCAGCGACAUGAUCGACGUCGUCAUCGACGUGUCGUGCAUUUACGGCAUGAAGGACGACAGUGACGGCGAUGGGCUCGCGUACGACUCGCAGUCGUCGUCUGUGAUUCGACUCAACACUGGGAUGGUCCUGUACCUUCGCGAAGUUAACAACUACCUCGCGCUCGUGUGUUUGCUUCGAUCCGAGAACUUUACCAAGCAAGGCAUUAUCGACUACAACAUUGAUUGUUUCAAGUCGGCGCUCGGCCAAGUGUUCAAGCCGACCAAGUAACUCGUCGGUCUGUCGGCGCGCACAGGACGAGCGACCGACGAGCGAAUCAAUUGUGCUUUCGACAUGGAUGUUGUCUUGUGGACAUUAAAUCGACGACACGCUCAGCUGCUCUUGAACGCGCCGGACGCGAGGACCGCGAUCAGGACCACGACGAGCCCAAAGAAAAGCAGGCAGCACAUCUUCUUUCGCAUGCUCUUCUGGGACUUGAGUGCUUUCGUGACUUCUUUGUUGCCGGCGUCGAUGUAGUUGGAUGCCGUUUUGACCUAGAGGACCAUGUCUGGCACUACCGGUCGUCCAAGCACACGUACUUGAAACUCAAUCUGGUCAAGCAUUUCGCCCUGCUGCUCGACCAGCAGUGCCAAGUCGAGAAACAUUUGAUGCAGCUCCGCGACGCUCUGCUCUAGCUUGAGCACGUCUUGGUAUUUGUCGUGACACGUCAUGUACACUUCCUUUAUCGAGUCGU